AUGGAGAGCCCUGAAGGCCUCCGCCUGCUCAUUAAUGUGCAGCACAGUGCGUCGGAUGCUGCGCCUCCGCUCAUCUCCGGGACCACUGCGCAGCCGCAGUGGCUCCGGCUCGCAGAGAGAAAAGCAGAAAGAGACAGAAAAAUGGCCCUCGAUAAUUUGAUUUUCGCCCAGUGCAUCCUUUAUUUUUUAGCCUUUGUGUUCGGUUUCAUCGCCGUUGUGCCUCUGUCAGAAAACACGGAGGACUUCCGAGGGAAAUGCCUGCUGUUCACGCGCGGUAUGUGGCAAAACGAGAACAUCACUGUGUCGAAGCAGCGCUUCAUCGUGGAGGAGUGGGGACCCGAGUCUUCCUGCAGCUUCAUCACUUUUGUCGGGAUAGCAUCCCUCAUCUUGUCCGCAGUGCAGGCCUGGAGGCUGCUGUUUUUUCUGUGCAAAGGACACGACGACUCACUUUUCAAUGCAUUCCUCAACCUGCUCAUCAGCUCCUUGAUGGUGUUUACAGUCUUCUUGUCAAGCACCAUAGUCAGCGUUGGCUUCAACCUGUGGUGUGACGCCGUGACUGAGGGAGGUUCCAUGCCCAGCAGCUGUGAAGACCUGCAGGACACAGAUCUAGAACUUGGCCUGGACAACUCUGCUUUUUAUGACCAGUUUGCCAUAGCUCAGUUUGGCCUAUGGGCUGCUUGGCUCACCUGGCUUGGGAUCACAGUAAUGGCGUUCUUGAAGGUCUAUCACAACUACAGACAAGAGGAUCUGCUGGACACUCUGAUACAUGAGAAGGAACUGCUGCUGGGCCUUUCCUCACGCCGCCGCACUGACCUCAAAACCGGCCUUAUAUAG